GCACCGGCGCGCGCCGGGACCAGCCGCCGCGAGCCCGCCGGCCGGGGCCAUGGGCUGCGACGUCCGCGUGUCGGGGCUGCUCCGCCGCAACCUGCAGCCCACGCUCACCUACUGGAGCGUCUUCUUCAGCUUCGGCCUGUGCAUCGCCUUCCUGGGGCCCACGCUGCUGGACCUGCGCUGCCAGACGCACAGCUCGCUGCCCCAGAUCUCCUGGGUCUUCUUCUCGCAGCAGCUCUGCCUCCUGCUGGGCAGCGCCCUCGGGGGCGUCUUCAAGAGGACCCUAGCCCAGUCACUAUGGGCCCUCUUCACCUCUUCUCUGGCCAUCUCCCUGGUGUUCGCCGCCAUCCCCUUCUGCCGUGACGUGAAGGUGCUGGCCGCCGUCAUGGCGCUGGCGGGCCUGGCCAUGGGCUGCAUCGACACGGUGGCCAACAUGCAGCUGGUGAGGAUCUACCAGAAGGACUCGGCUGUCUUCCUCCAGGUUCUCCAUUUCUUUGUGGGCUUUGGUGCUCUGCUGAGCCCUCUUAUCGCCGACCCCUUCCUGUCUGAGGCCAACUGCUUGCCUGCUAAUAGCACAGCCAACGCCACCACCCACAGCCACCCGCUCCAUAUUGCCAGGGUCCUGGGCCACCGCCACGCUGAGGCCCAGCCUUGGUCCAAUCAGACGUUCCCUGGGAUGCCCCCGCAGGACGGGGCAGGGACCCGCGUGUCCUACGCCUUCUGGAUCAUGGCCCUGAUCAAUCUCCCGGUGCCCAUGGCUGUGCUGUAUCUGCUGUCCAAAGAGCGGCUGCUGACCUGCUGCCCGCAGAGGAGUCCCCUGCUCCUGCCCGCAGACGAGCUCGCCCUGGAGACACAGCCUCCUGAGAAGGAAGACACAUCCUCGCUGCCCCCCAAGUUUCAGCCAAACGCAGGGCACGAGGACCUGUUCAGCUGCUGCCAGAGAAGGAACUUCAAAGGAGCCCCUUACUCCUUCUUCGCCAUCCACAUCACAGCCGCCCUGGUCCUGUUCAUGACCGAUGGGAUGACGGGGGCGUACUCCGCCUUUGUGUACAGCUAUGCAGUGGAGAAACCGCUGUCGGUGGGACACAAGGUGGCUGGUUACCUCCCCAGCCUCUUCUGGGGCUUCAUCACCCUGGGUCGGCUCAUCUCCAUUCCCAUCUCCUCAAGAGUGAAGCCAGCCACCAUGGUUUUCGUCAAUGUGAUUGGCGUGGUGGUGACGUUCCUGGUGCUUCUUGUUUUCUCCUACAACGUCAUCUUCCUGUUCGUGGGGACAGCCAGUCUGGGCCUGUUCCUAAGUAGCACCUUCCCCAGCCUGCUGGCCUACACCGAGGACAUCCUGCAGUACAAAGGCUGUGCGACCACGGUGCUGGUGACCGGGGCAGGCAUCGGCGAGAUGGUCCUCCAGAUGCUAGUCGGUUCGGUUUUCCAGGCUCGGGGCAGCUAUAGUUUCCUGGUCUGCGGCGUGAUCUUUGGGUGCCUGGCUUUCACCUUCUAUAUCUUGCUCCUGUUUUUCCACAGGAUGCACUCUGGACUCUCAUCAGUUCCGACCCAGGACAAAGCACUUGGGAUGGAGAGUCUUGAGUGCUACCAGAGGUAAAACUGGGUGAGUGAGACAGGCGAAGACGUCCGGCCAAAGGGCAGGGGAGCGCUGGGGCGGCAAUGGAGGCAACCUCUCGACACCUCGGUUCCAACCUUCACUAAUCCUUGGUUGGGUGGAAGAAAUUAAAUUGAAUUCUGGUAACUGAGUCCACCCUGGGCAGAUCAUUGGAAGUUUACCUGGGUAUUCAGGUCACCUUCCUCUUCCCUGGCUCAGACUUUGGGUGAGAGCGGGCCAGGAGACCCCGUGGGAAGGAUGAAGACAGCUGCUUCACUCCAUCGGCCGCCUCCUCCGUGGACCACAGCCUGGGUUUGAAGAUCACUCUUAACUGGAAGUUUGAACAAACAAGUUGAAAUUAGACACAAUGAUGAUCAUUGCUUUAUGUAGAUAGAUUUUUUAAAAAUCAAUCAAAACAAACCCCAAGCGAUUCCCUGGCAUGCUCAAAGGAUUUACGUGCUUUUACUUAUUAAUACUCCGAAGCCCCUCCGACCCCUGUGGCUGCUGUCGUAGUUCAUCUAUAACCUAAAGCAGCAAAAGGAAAAGUUGACUCUUUGGGACACUAACUCAGUGGUAUGCUGGGCUCGCGCAUGCCAGCUUAUAGAAGUCAGUUGAGUUUUCAUUUUGAGAGCUGGUCGUUAAAAUGCAGCCAUUAUUUAAAAUUAAAUUAUAUAAACUUACUACCUUUGCUUUUAAUGUAAUUUAACUAUAACUACUCAAAGCUCAUCACUUCCUAAUUUUUUUCUACCUGUGUUAUUGAGGUUAUUUAUUGUACCCGCAGGGUAGAAAUACUACAUAAAGAUGUGCUUCUGUGUAUUUCUAACUCCACUUUCAGUGGUAACACGUGAGUGGCUUGAGAUCAGCCAUGGUGGGACUGUUUAUAGCUCUUGCCAAUUUCUGUGGUGUAAAGCAUGGCUUUAUUUUCCCUCUCGAGAUCCAUUUGAUCAACAUUUACCAGCAUACCACUGCUAAUAACCAAUGCUGACUGGUCCAGAAGUUGCCUGGGAGAAUGGGGUAGAUGGCUCUGCUUUUCUCAUUGACAUUGAAUAGCUUACAAAAGGUAUAGAAACAGCAUGAAUUUCUCAAAAAUAUCUAACUUAAACUUUACAUCUCCUCUAGGGGGAGGAAAAAAUUCUUUCCACCAUGUCAACGUUCUUUUCUUUAACAAAAAGCUGGGCCGCUGAACAGUUCAAGCUGUGUGGUAUACUGAAGGGGGUGUCUGUCCAGGAGCACUCACUCCUGUCCUGAUGAAACCCUGUAGUCAUACAGAGAGAGAAUGCAAACUGGACUCGGAGGGCUAAGAGUGCUGGGACUUCUGUAAGUAGCGCAAUGGCUUAUUACAGUCGCUGUUCAUGUAUUAGUUUACCUGAACUUUGUGUAAAUACAAAUGUCCAUGUAUAAAUGUACAAAGUAAGUGGGUCGUGGUUCUCAGGAACCUGGCCAAGUGAUGUGGUUCACAUGCCCCACACUGAAAGCGUUAUCCUGGAACCGUAGGCAUUGUCAUGUAAGCCAGCUCCAUCUGCCAUCAGCGUGGGGCAGCGAGGAGGGUCUGGCUACAGAGAGAGACCUGGUUCAGGCACUGGCCUCCCCUUUUAGCUGCGUGGCCCUGGGCAGAUCACAGAACCUCUUCCAGCCUUGCUUUCCUUUAUCUGUGAAGUGACAUUUCUAAAAUAACCUUACCCUACCUCAAAGGAAUUCUGAAAAAAUUAAGUGAAUUUGUGUAAAGCAGUUCUUAUAUGCCUGACAUAGAAAUUUGCUUAAUAACUGUUAGCAAUUUUUAUUUUUAAAACCUCCUCGCUAGCAGCUGAGAAAUCGUUCAUAUGUUUGGUACGUAUUUAUUGUAAAUCAGACAGAUCCAAAUUCUUUUGAAAGCUGGUGGUCUAGGGGUAUAGUUUUAACUGUGUCUGUAAAUACUUAAAAGUAUUAGAUCGCAGCCAAACUUAAAUGUGCACUCUAACCAUAGUGAGUGACUGAUCCGGGGAAAAAGCAAGCAGCUAUAUUUUUCUGGUGAUUUUUCAAGACAACAUCCUUUUUAUACAGAUUUAGCAAGAAGAAUCCAUGGCUGUAUCUAAGGUGAUCAUGAUUUAUUUGUGAAUAUAGAAAACAAGAUUGAAACAAAUCUAAGAGUACCUUUCCUAAAAUAAAAUAUUUUAAAUUUA